UUACAGAGGGAGGCAGAUACAGAGCAGGCAGAUGGCACACUCGGAGAGAAACAAGCAAGUACAGGCUGCCGGUUCCAGGCACUGAGCCUCACGACUCCGGUGUCUCUGCGGACUGCGAUGUUGGGCCCGGCCCACGGACACGGGCAUGUGCUGUGUGCUGUGCGCUGUCAUUUUUGAGAACCUGAAUUUUUUUUUUAAAGGAAGGAGUCAACUUUGGCUUUGAGUGUUUGGCCAGGGUACGAUGCCUUAAAAAAGCCGAUGACCAGCAUAGCUACUGACCAUGCUGACCACUGUACAAAACUGGGCCAACUCACAGAAAAACAGCAAAUGGCUUUCUCUUGUAGAAUGUCUGAACAAAGAACAAUUCCUGAGCUUAUUUUGCAGAGCUCACUUGAUCAGUUAUUUUCUUCUAAUGGGUCGGGAUUCCAGACAGACUCGACACCGGAGGAAAUGAAGCAGCCUGGUGAGGAGCAGGGAAACAAACCACGCUGGGCAGCUCUCCUGAUACUCCUGGUGAUAAUACCCACCAUUGGGGGAAACAUCCUUGUUAUUCUGGCUGUUUCACUGGAGAAAAAGCUGCAAUAUGCCACCAAUUAUUUCCUAAUGUCACUGGCGGUAGCUGAUUUGCUGGUUGGAUUGUUUGUGAUGCCGAUUGCCCUUCUGACAAUAAUGUUUGAAGCGAUGUGGCCCCUCCCACUUGUUCUAUGCCCUGCCUGGUUAUUUCUUGAUGUUCUUUUUUCUACUGCGUCCAUCAUGCACCUCUGUGCCAUUUCAGUGGAUCGUUACAUAGCCAUCAAAAAACCAAUCCAGGCCAAUCAAUGUAACUCUAGAGCCACAGCAUUCAUCAAGAUUACUGUGGUGUGGUUAAUUUCAAUAGGCAUUGCCAUUCCAGUCCCAGUUAGAGGGAUAGAAGCUGAUCUGGGCAAUGCAGACAACAUCACUUGCGUCAUGACCAAGGAUCGUUUUAGCAAUUUCAAGCUCUUUGGCUCACUGGCUGCCUUUUUUAUACCACUGGCAAUCAUGAUUAUCACCUACUUUCUCACAAUCCAUGCUUUGCAGAAGAAAGCUUACUUGGUCAAAAACAAGCCACCUCCACGUCUACCGUGGCUGAAUGUGUCUACAAUUUUCCAAAGGGAUGAAACAUCCUGCCCAUCACCUGAAAAGGUGGCAAUGUUAGAUGGUUCUUGCAAGGACAAAACCCUGCCCACCUCAAGUGAUGACAUCCUUGUGCGAAGAAUGUCUACAGCUGGAAAAAAGUCAUUACAGACCAUUUCCAAUGAACAGAGAGCCUCAAAGGUUCUAGGGAUUGUGUUUUUCCUUUUUUUGCUUAUGUGGUGUCCCUUUUUUAUUACAAAUAUAACUUCAGUUUUAUGUGAUUCCUGCAACCAGACUACUCUUGAAAUGCUCCUGGAGAUAUUUGUGUGGGUAGGCUAUGUUUCCUCAGGGGUGAAUCCACUGGUCUAUACUCUCUUUAAUAAGACUUUUCGGGAUGCAUUUGGCCGAUACAUCACCUGCAAUUACUGGGCCACAAAAUCAAAAAAAACUCUUAGAAAUUGCUCUAGUAAUAUCUACUUUCGGAAUCCAAUGGCAGAGAACUCUAAGUUUUUCAUGAAACAUGGAGUGAGAAAUGGGGUUAACCCUGCCACGUAUCAGAGCCCAAUGAGGCUCCGAAGUUCAACCAUUCAGUCUUCAUCAAUUAUUCUACUAGAUACACUUCUCUUAACUGAAAAUGAAGGGGACAAAAUUGAAGAGCAAGUCAGUUAUGUAUAGCAAAAGUGGCAUAGUUUUGAUCUAAUAAUAUGAAUAAGAUGAUGAAGCAGAUAUAAAUAUAACAAAAAUUAUAAAUUCUUGUCAUGUAUCAAACCAAUUUCCUUAAAAGUUAUGAUUAAGACUAUCUAAUUUCCCUUAUUUAAACAGGGGGUCACAUAGAUCUUACUCCAUGAAAAAAGUCAUUCUGUGGAGUUACAAAUUAAAACAAUCCAGCACUCUGGUUAAAGGUUAAAGGAUUCAAAUGAGGUAAAAUUAAUCAAAAGAUUUCAAGCAUUAAAAAAAUGAUCAAAUUUAUUUAGCUCCCAAUUAUAUACAAAGCUGUGCUAAGAAUGCAAUAAAACAAAACAAAUGAGCAUUUACUUUGUCUUUCUGGUCUCAAAAGCAUAAAGGUAUAUGCCUUAUACCUUAGAAUGGUGUUUACACAGAACAGUGAGGGGAAAAGAAGACUAAAGAUAAGUGUCCAAAUAAUAAUUCCAUCUGAAGGUAAGCUAAUAUGCUUGUCAUUGACAGUAUAGCUUAGUUAAAUGUCAUUUACUUUUGAUCAGGAAACUGUCUUGAUGGAAGAGGUGGGUAGAAGAGUGGUUGGGUAUC